AUGGCAUUUCUGAGUAUGGAGUAUAACAUGAAUGAGGAAAGCUUAAGAGAAGCUUUCAGCAAAUACGGUGAAGUCGUCGAAACUAGGGUUAUUUUGGAUCGUGAAACUGGUAGGUCCAGGGGUUUUGGAUUCGUUACAUUCACCUCUGCAGAGGCGGCCUCUAGUGCUAUCCAGGCUUUGGAUGGCCAGGGUUCAAGUGUAAGUGCAGGUGCUGUUGGUGGCUAUGAUGCUAGUGCAGGUGCUGUUGGUGGCUAUGACGCAAGUGCAGGUGCUGGAAGUGGCAAUACUUACGGUAGUCACAAUGGUGGAUUCGCUGGAGACAACCAAUUUGGAGGAAACCAAGUUGGCAACAGCCCUCAGUUCGGUGGUGACAAUACUCAGUUUGGUGUUGGUGGCCAAUUUGGCGGCGAGGCUCAGUUUGGAGGCAUGGAGAAUACUGAGAUGAAGACGGAGAAUGGACCAGUGGGAGAUUUUGAAGAUAACACUGAUGUUGCAAAUAGAGCUUGA